CGGCUGCUGCUUCCUUGGGCCAUUUUGCCGAGGAACGACCGGGGAGGAGGAGCGCCGCGGAGACCCUAGGCGAGGAGCAGUGAGCCGGAGGAGGCGGCGGCCGCACGGGGCACGGGCUUUCCUCGAUUGCGGGGAUCUCCCGGGGAGACGGGAUCGCCGGGGAGGGGGACCGGAGAGCCGCGCCCCGCCGCGCGGCGCGCCCCUUCCCGCCCCCUGCACCAUGAGCUGGGGCAUUGAGCUCUGGGAUCAAUUUGACAACUUAGAAAAACACACACAGUGGGGAAUUGAUAUUCUUGAGAAAUACAUCAAAUUUGUAAAGGAGAGGACAGAGAUUGAACUCAGCUAUGCAAAGCAACUCAGGAAUCUUUCAAAGAAAUACCAACCUAAAAAGAACUCGAAGGAGGAAGAAGAAUACAGGUAUACGGCUUGCAAAGCCUUCCUUUCCACCCUGAAUGAAAUGAACGAUUAUGCUGGGCAGCAUGAAGUCAUCUCCGAGAAUAUGACCUCUCAGAUCAUUGUGGAGUUAGCUCGCUACGUCCAGGAACUAAAGCAGGAGAGGAAAUCGCACUUUCACGAUGGACGGAAGGCACAGCAGCACAUAGAGACGUGCUGGAAGCAACUAGAAUCAAGUAAAAGACGUUUUGAGCGGGAUUGCAAAGAGGCCGACCGAGCCCAGCAGUACUUUGAGAAAAUGGAUGCUGACAUAAAUGUUACGAAAGCAGAUGUUGAAAAGGCACGACAACAAGCUCAAACGCGUCAUCAAAUGGCAGAGGACAGCAAAGCAGAUUACUCAUCAGUUCUUCAGAAAUUCAACCAUGAGCAGCAUGAAUAUUACCACACUCACAUUCCCAAUAUCUUUCAGAAAAUACAAGAGAUGGAGGAGAGGAGGAUAGUGAGAAUCGGAGAAUCAGUGAAGACAUACGCAGAGCUGGACCGGCAGGUGAUCCCCAUCAUUGGGAAAUGCUUGGAUGGAAUCGUAAAAGCAGCCGAGUCAAUUGAUCCAAAAAAUGAUUCACAGCUGGUCGUAGAAGCGUAUAAGUCUGGGUUCGAGCCUCCGGGAGACAUUGAAUUUGAGGAUUACACUCAGCCUAUGAAACGCACUGUGUCAGAUAACAGCCUUUCAAAUUCCAGAGGAGAAGGCAAAUCAGAGCUCAAAUUUGGUGGCAAAUCCAAAGGAAAGUUAUGGCCGUUCAUCAAAAAAAAUAAGCUUAUGUCCCUUUUAACAUCCCCCCAUCAGCCUCCCCCACCUCCCCCUGCCUCUGCCUCACCCUCUGCUGUUCCCAACGGCCCCCAGUCUCCCAAGCAGCAAAAGGAACCCCUCUCCCAUCGCUUCAACGAGUUCAUGACCUCCAAACCCAAAAUCCACUGCUUCAGGAGUCUAAAGCGUGGGCUUUCUCUCAAGCUGGGCGCGACACCAGAAGAUUUCAGCAACCUCCCACCCGAACAGAGAAGGAAAAAGCUCCAACAGAAAGUCGAUGAAUUAAAUAAAGAAAUCCAAAAAGAGAUGGAUCAAAGAGAUGCCAUCACAAAAAUGAAAGAUGUCUACCUAAAGAAUCCACAGAUGGGAGACCCUGGCAGUUUGGAUCACAAAUUAGCAGAAGUCAGCCAAAAUAUAGAAAAACUGAGACUAGAGGCCCAGAAAUUUGAGGCCUGGCUGGCCGAGGUCGAAGGCCGACUCCCAGCCCGCAGCGACCAGGCCCGUCGGCAGAGUGGGAUGUACGAGACGCAGAACGCCCCCUCGGUCAACAACUGCGCGCAGGAUCGGGAGAGCCCCGAUGGCAGUUACACAGAGGAGCAGAGUCAGGAGAGUGAGGUCAAAGUGCUGGCCACAGACUUCGACGACGAAUUUGACGACGAGGAGCCCCUCCCUGCCAUAGGGACUUGUAAAGCCCUCUACACGUUUGAAGGUCAGAAUGAAGGAACCAUUUCAGUAGCUGAAGGAGAGACACUGUACGUAAUAGAGGAAGACAAGGGCGACGGGUGGACCCGAAUUCGGAGAAAUGAAGAUGAAGAGGGUUAUGUUCCCACUUCCUACGUCGAAGUCUAUUUGGACAAAAAUGCCAAAGGUGCUAAGACUUAUAUUUAAUACAACUUAAAAAAAAACCCAAAACUUUAAAAUUGGAGUUGUUUCUCCCCACAAUCAUGACUGUUACAGGCAGUUCUUCAAAAGACUGGAUGGGGAGCAUCACCGUGCGUGUUUCCUUUAGGCACAAAGUGGGUAUUCAGGUAUCUUAGACCUGAAUUUCCCGGGCUGGUUUUGAUGAUAAUCCAGUGUCACUUGUUCAUGACAUUUUCCAUGGAAAGCUGCCAACUGCCAAUUUACAACUGUGUCCUUUGAAAUCUGAUAAACAUUUCUUCUUGGGGCAGCGACUGUAGAUAACCAAAAAGUUGCCUUCUAGCUUCUGAUUCGCAUUUCUGAAUCUAAAAGCCCAUGCGCGUCCUAGGGGUGCAGAAGACUUCAGCUCUCAUUAAUAUCUAGUAUCUGCCAGAAAGUGAACCACAUUAGAAUGUUACAUUUUGUAACUUCAUAAACUGAACUGUGCUAGUUUGUUAAGUUUUACAGUCAUUCAUUUUGGAGGAAGUCAUCAAUAAAGAAUAGCGUAAGUAAAGAAUGAUGUUGGUACCACAAGUGUGUAUAUUUCCUUAAACAUGUUUAAGAUCAUUGUUAGAGCACCGUGUUAUCCGGUUAUGUCAAUAUGAUCCUAAACAACCAACUGAAUUAUGGAAAACUUUGGUCUUUCAACCAGUUGAUUUUCACAUAUGACUACUGAUCUGUCUUUUGCCAGUUGACAGAGUUGAUCAGAUGUGUUAGAGCUGUUUAGAUAAAUUACGUAAAAAUAACUCUCCUCAUUCUGUUCUGUUGGAGGUUUUUUGUGCCCAGGUGGGGCUGUAAGUAGACCCUUGUAAGCAGCACACAGAACCCAGCACAUCACUUUUUAAGGUUCUUUUGGUUUGUGUUUUAAUCAUUGGCAUCAUUAAGACCCAAAGUGUAUAUUUACUGAAAAUCGUUUUAGAACUUCUAGAUCCUUUUAUGUAAUAACUAUAAAGUGGUUAAUUAUAUAAUAAAGCAUUUCACCAUCUUAAAGGAAUCUGGGUCACAUGGGGAUUUGCAUUUUUAAAUCAGCAGGCUAGGUAGUGAAGCGGGACAUGCCCAGUGGUUGUGCUCAUGUCUAGAGUCUUGCCUGAGAUCACAGAGAACCAGCUAAAAAUGAGUCAGAGUAAAGGUAUAGGACUGAGAUUCUCUUUUUCUUUGGCUUUGAAAAUUAUUUAUUCAUGUCCUUCCUACUUUUAAAUAGGAAAUCAGCUCCUUGCUUCUACACUGUGGACUCCUUUUAGAAAGUCAGGUCAAUUUAAAGUUGAUUUUAAAACUGACAGCAAUGCAUUAUGGGGUUUAGGACCUGGCAGGAGUUAUGGGUGCCUGUGGCAGAUUCUAGAAGAAAGUUCUUUUACAUUUCCCAGGGGCCACUCCAUUAUUCUUGCCUGGAGAAUCCCCAUGGACAAAGGAGCCUGGCGACUGUGGUCCAUGGGAUCGCAGAGUCAGACACGACUGAGCGGCUAACACCUUAAGGGCCACCAAAAUGGAAUGUAGUAACCUUUACCCAAUGACUGCCUGAUUUUUAAAACGCUUUUCAUUUUUAAAUAAUCACAGAUUGUCAGGAAGUUGCAAAGACAGUAGAGAGAUCCCCUUUAUCCAGCUUCCCCAAGUGGUUACAUCUGACAUAAUUGUGAUCCAGUAUCAAAAACAGGAAACUGACACUGGCCAGCCUGAUUUUGUUUUAGUAUAAUUUUGUCAUUUAAAUUUCUUUUGCAUUAUUAUACCUUUGCUGCCAUAAUACCAAUAAAGCCACCCGUCCUGACCCCAGAUCUCUGAGGAGAAUCAUUUCAUCCAUACCACAGCAAAGAAAAUCAGCUGGCCCUGAACCCAUGGGGAUUUCAUGAACAGUAGGUGGUCACAGCCUUGGGCAUGUAACCAAGUGAAUACCUAAGACGUUGAAACCCAGGAUGAACUCAUUUCCAGACUGUGAAGUAUUGGAGAAAACAAACUAGGCACUGAAAAAAAAGUCUUAAAAUGAGGCAAGGCAAUAUUAGGCUUUUUAAAGCCUGACUUGAAAAGUAUGGCAUGCCAUGAAGUCGGUUGAUUUUUGAUUUAUUUGUUUGUUCAUUUUGCUUUUAUUCCCCUCCUCUUUAGAGCUGUGCAAAUCUAAUUCAGGAAAUAGCUCAACUGUCUUUUGGAUAUGGGUGGGGCGAUUUGGGCACAUAAAUUAUGAUCAUUAUUUUAGCUUGUAUGCCUCAGUACCUUCAACCAGAUAAAUCUGGGUCCUAGUGACUCAACGACAGAAGAUACUUUUUUAGUUUCAGGUCCAUCUAAGUCAGUGUGCAAAGGAUUAGCAGAAGUCUUAAAACAAUUCCCGAAGAGUCAGGAACUUCCAUUUCCACCCCUAAAGCACACUUUGUGUUCUUCUAACAGUUAAUCUGUCAAAAGUAGCAAAGCCUCAGCUUGCGUAUAGUUUUCUCCUUUUAUGUAGAGAUGCACUUAGAAGCUAAUAACGGAUGUAGAAUCUUUCCUUCCCCUACCUUGUUCAUAAGUCUGUUCAGCCUGCCCCACAAACACUGCCCUCCCUUCAAGCCCAUCCCAGCCAGGUGGGGCUGCUGCUUUCCGAUGCCUGCGACUCAAGAGGAGUUGUCUUACUGUCAGUAAUGCCGGUGCACUUUUGUGUGUGUGUGUGUGUGUGUCUACCAAGUGACUAUUUAGUAACUGCCAAAAUAGUUAGACUAGAGUGAGGUCCAUUGGCCAACUGAAUUGUGACUGUCCUCUUAUGGUUCUGUUUUGUUCUGUUUUUUUUUUUAAUUGCUCUCUGUGAAAUAUGUCCAUAACCUCCCCACCCCCCCAUCUAUUUGUAUAUACUGCAAUAGAAAACUAAAAGGAUUACUUGAAUUCGUUGUUUUAACGUUUUACUCUUUUAUUUGUUUGUUUUAUUGCUGAUUCUGCUGUCUAAUGACCUUUUUGUUUUUGUAACCGCUGGGGAAGCCGGAAGGACGGUUACACUGGUAGCUAGGUCCCCUGCCGGCUGAUCCGCACUUGAGUUUAUUGUAGACACUUGGGUUCUGAGUAAGUUUUGUUUGAAUACGGCCAACAUGACUGUUUCCUCUCUCCUCCUUAUCCUCCGAGAAAAGAAUCUGUGACCUUGUAGUUGUACCUUCCUUCGUAUCUGCCUCUCUAAUAAACGUUAUAUUUUUCUCA